AUGGCCCGAUGGCAGCAGGAAGUAGCUGCCGAAAAUUCGGGCCGUCCAAUAGUCCGGGCCCUCCUGCCCAUUCUGGGAGAAUGGUGCAGGAGGCGAGUUUGGCUCACCUACCAUGUGACUCAGGUGCUCUCCGGGCAUGGAUGUUUCGGGAAAUACCUGGGUCGCAUUGGGAGGGAACCGACGACGCAGUGUCACCACUGCGGGGAGGCUCAGGACACGGCGCGGCAUACGCUGGAAGAAUGUCCAGCGUGGUCGGCGCCGCGUCGUGUCCUAAGAGGUAUUAUUGGGAUGGACCUCUCGUUGGUGGCCGUGGUCGACCAUAUGGUUGCCGACGAUAGGUCCUGUCAGGCGUUAGCCUCCUUCUGCGAGGAAGUUAUGACGCAGAAGGAGGCCGCGGAGAGGGAAAGGAAGGCGGACCUCCUCUCCGCCAGAAAUCAGCGGCAGAGGGAAUGGGCAUAG